CGAUCGGCGCGUUCGCAGACGAUUCAUAGCACGCGCGGCGUUAUUGGCGUUCGUUUGCUUUAAAAGCAUAUUGAAGAGAGAGCGAGUGAAAAUAACUCUGACAUAGAAUAGAAGCUUACAAUAUAAUUGAUCAGGAAAGACGUUUAAUAAUACAUUGUUUUUGUUUUCUUCUGAAAAUACAAAUUCACAGAUGACAGUCAGAUAGUAUAAGAUAGAUUGAAUUGCGUCAUUGCUGUUUCUUGGGAAAUCUUUAGCAUAUUCUAAAGGCAUGAAACGUUAAUUGCGUUUUGCAACGAAAGAUUCAAAAGUGGACUUAUUCAUUUUGUUAUUCGGCAUGCAGGAACUUUAGAAACUUUUGCUUACUGGAUUGUUUGAUAAAGGAUAACAAAGUGAUAAAAAGAACUGAAAAAGGUCGACUUCAUAUGUGUUACUUCGGAGGCUUUAAGGAGAUUGCUAGAAUAUUUUUAUCAUUUCUGAGUACUAUGACAAAUAAAAAAUAGUCAUGUGUGCAAAAUGCGGACAGUUAGUUGGCCAAAAACCAUAAACAGUGGUCUGAAGACAUAACGAAUACGCACUUUAACAAGAAUAACUAUAAAGAAAGGUGACAUAUUCUUAAAGACGACUGUAAAUACCACAUACAGAGUUACUACAACAUUAAAGCAAUUGAUUACUGAAAAGUAACAACUUAGAUAGAUGAUUAAUAUUGAAAUUCCUACUUACGAAUCUAGCACAUCUCGUUUUGAAUGUAAAACAGACCUAUUUCAUAAGAAUUGCUAAUUAUUUGGAAACAACACAGGAUUAUUUCCUAGAAUUCAAGCCGAGUGUUAGAAUAAUCACUAUUUAGUAAGCAUCAAAUAUUGAAGUAUUCCCUAGUGUUACGCCAAGGAAGAAAGCGAUGUUGCUGAAUUAAUUCACAAUCUAAUUAUACAAUGGUUCUAAAAACGAGGGAAUAGUAAUACAAAUCGGUAAUAUUGUGAAACAUUUAAACCCUAUUGAUACAAAACUAAAACCGAUUAUUCAAUAAAGUAGCAAUCAGAUUGUUGGAACUUUUGUAAUAAAAUGCAAUAUAUGUCGACAAAGGAAUAAUAAGAGAUAAAAAUCCCAAUGUGCUGAAAGAAAAUGAAACAAUAAAUGUGAUUUAAAUCGCACUAGACGCUUUCAGAGGGAAUCGUUAUAAAAUCUGAAACAAUAUUCAUGAUAAACAAUUCCACAUGGUAGCGAAAAUGGGAUCAAGCACAAUGAAUAGUUUAGUCUCGCUAAACGAGAUGGGACAAACGUCUGAAUAUGGCAUGGAAAUUGCAAUGAAUUCGUCUUUAUCGACACACGUGUGCGGCUCUAAUAGUUCUAUGUGGUUAUUAACUUCGCCAGUCUGUUCGACAAAAUACCACUCAAUAGUGACUUUCUUAGUGGUAGCUUUUAUCUUAAGUGUUAUUACCUUCAUUACCAUAUUUGGUAAUUUGUUAGUUCUAGUUGCCUUGUACCGUUUCAAAAAACUUCGAUCUAUGUCAAACUGCUUGAUUGGUAACCUUGCCGUAAGUGACCUGUUGCUUGCUUUAUCUGUGCUGCCAAUAUCGACAACAUAUGAUGUUCUUGGAUACUGGAUAUUUGGUGAAAUAAUGUGUACGAUAUGGUUAUGUAUUGACGUGCUUUACUGCACUGCUUCGAUAUGGGGAUUAUGUACAAUAGCUGUCGAUCGAUACACAGCAACGGUAUAUCCAGUAUGGUAUCUCGAAAAGAAAUCACCAACAAGAGCUUUGGUUUAUAUCAUAUUUGUCUGGAUGUUCUCAAUAAUUGUUUCAGUGGCUCCAUUUAUCGGUUGGCGAGAAAUGAUACAAGGUUUUUAUCAAUACGAUUUUGAAAUAAAUAGACAACAUUGCGUUUUGUUUAUGUCCAAGACAUAUGUAGUAUAUAGCGCAAUGGGUUCAUUUGUUAUUCCAACCGUACUGAUGGUUUUUCUUUACGUCAGAAUUUUCAAUGUUCUUCGUAAACGUACACGGUCAAUGCAGCCAAUGAGAAAACGGGCGUUUUAUCCAUCCGAAAGUGACUUUGAAAGCGAGGCUCAUGGUUUAGACGAACCUGAAAGCGAUGAAAGAACGGAAGUUGAACUUAAGGCAGCGUCAACACAAACCGCUCCACUGAAUUCUAGUGGACAAAACAAAGCUGAAAACGGUGCAAAACCAAAGUCUUCAACCAAUGGGCAUGCGGUUAACUUUGCUGAUGCAAAUCAAUGUGGCCGACAAAACAAUCAUAUUAAUUCCGACACAUAUGCUAAUGAGGAAAAUGAAAAUGGACUUUCUAGACAGCAUCUCAAAAUCGAGGUCACUGACUUCACUGAGAAUGAUAUCUCAAAUACACCACAAACAAAGACCUCAAAUCUAAGCAAAAAUGAUACAUCUUUAAAAAAGAAGAAUUGUAAUUUAAAAGUAAAUUACGAAAGUCAGCAGAAUGGGAAAAGCCCAAGCCAUGUGUCAAGAAAAAGUUUCAACGAUGAAUCUUCUGAACAUGAAUGUGAAACUAGAUAUUUGCGUUCCCCCAGAACAAGUAAAGCAACGUUUUUUCCAUGGAAACGAGGAAAUUCGGGCACAAUGAGUGUCAAACAUAAAUACGAACUCCGCGAACGACGUGCAACUAAACGGAUGGCGAUGAUUAUGGCUUGUUUCUGUUUUUGCUGGUGGCCUUUUCUUUUCAUGUACACUAUAAGAAGUUUCUGUGAAAAUUGCCCAAUUGAUGCCCAUUUCCAAGCGGCUAUCAUCUGGUUAGGCUACGCCAACUCUAGUCUUAACCCAAUCCUAUAUACAAUUUUCAACGACGAUUUUAGAAAAGCGUUCCAUAAAAUAGUGUUUUGUAAGAAAACUACACACAACAGACGUCAUAGAUAAUUUGUUUAAAUUUCAUGUGUCUCAUAUAUUUAAAGAUAUAUAUAAAUUUUAAAUAAAAUGUCUUAUUUUAACGAGAUUGCCAUUAUAGUGCUAUAAAUAUAGAAUAUUUUUCAUAUAUACAUUGUACAUACAUAUUGAAAUAUAAUUGCUUCUUUCUGUCUAAAUUGUUUUUAUUUUCACGAAAACGACAAUAAAAUUUCAAAACAUGAAAUGCUUUUUAACGGAUGUCUUUAUACUGACACGAAAAAUACGGUUCUAUGUUGCUGGAAAUAGUUGGUAUCCAUAAAAUUGUAAUAACCAUUCAUUUCAGGCGACAGACUUAAAUGCUCGAAGCGUUUUGUAAAGGAAAUCACAUUGUUGAAUCUUCGUUUCAAUGUUGUGCCUGGCUCACGGCUAUUCUAAUUUUGAUGUUUUUGUAGGUCAAGUGUUUAUGAGACUUCUGAUCAAAAUAAAUAAUUAUCCAUCAUUUUACAAGACUGAUUCUUAUUUGGCAACGUUUAAAAUGUAUGUGCAGAAAAGGGAAAAGAAAAGAAGGCAAUGGAUAAAUAUCAACUGGUAUUAACAGUAACAAGACGGUAGUGAGUUCUUAUAUCAAUUAGUGGUUUAAGUCGUACUAUUGAACAUCAAAAUAAAACCAUUAAAACAAUUUUGGCAUAUGAAAGGAAAAUGUCAAUCAGUUGUAUGUUAAAACAUCAUCUAAAUAUGGAUGAAUUGAAUAUAGUAAUACAAAUCAUUGUUGUUUAUUUAUA